AUGAAGGCUCAGGCUAUUGCAACGGUCAUCGUGGCGCUUGCCGGCAACAGCAUCGCUCUUCCUAAGAUGGGUGAUAUUUCCCUCGAGGAGAUGGGCCUCGAGAAGCGAGCAGUCAGCGCCGCUACGUGCCUCAGGAGUCUGUGCUGCCCCAACAGGAAGCGCGACCUCCAGGAACACCAGAAGGCGCAGAGCCCCCAGAAGGGGCAGGCUAUGUCGAGCGAGCAGCAGGCUCAAUGCUUGAUUUGCUGGAGUUUCGGCGUCUGCGACCGCGAGAGCACUCAGCGCGAGGGCGAGACCGGCAGGGUUACUGUCGAGGUCACAAACAAUAUUCAAAACCAGGCCUCCAACAAUGAAAACCCUGGAGGCUUCUGGGUCCGUCGACGUGGCCGCGACUACUGGAUUGACCAAAACGGCUCGUACUGGGAGUGGAAAGGCGGCGAUGACGACGGCGGUUCCGGGAACUGGCGCAUGGGCGGCCACGGUACCCUCACGAACGACGGGGACCGCUGGAAUUACGUGUUUGAAGAUUAG